AAAACCCUAACAAAUUAAACCACAAAACCUCCAACCCAGAGAUCAUAUAUCCCCUAGAAGACAGCAAGACCGACAACCUUAAUUAACCUCGUAUCAUCAUCAUCAAUCUAAUGCCUUCUCCUGAGAAAAUGGAGAAAAACCCAAGCUCUUGUUUCUUCUGCAUCAUGAAGGAGCAAGACCCCACAAUCAGAAAACCAAGACUCAGAGCCUUCUUCAAAGCCAUGGAAUAUUUGGUUCAAGAUCAAGAACUUGUUGUGGUGCUAAGUGGGAUAUGGAGCAUUGCCAUGGCGGACCCUAACGACGGCGAGCUGCCGGCGGCCGGCGUUUUAAAAUGCAUGGCGGAGCUAAUCAAGAAAGCCCUGGACGAUGAAGAUUGGCUGCUGAGAGACCAGAACAUUUAUGUCCCAUACUAUGCAGCCCACGUCAUAGGAUCUUACACCAUGAACAACGUCGGAUUCGCCGUUAAAGCGGUGGAUUCCGGCGUCCUUCCGCCGCUUCUGGAGCUUCUUAGGGGGAGGAUGACAUGGGUGGAGCAAAGGGUGGCCGUUAGAGCGCUUGGGCACUUAGCAAGCUACGAGAAAACCUUCAAAUCCGUGGCGGUUUUCGAGCAAGAAAUCGUGAAGUUAGCCAUGGGUUUAGCCUCCACAUGCUUAGAAACCGUGUACAAAGAUUUUGUAAGCGUGGAGGAUAAAACCAAGAAGGUGAAAUACCACAGAGAUUUGCUGACAAGAGGGGUUGGGGGAUCAGAAAUGGAGAACAGAAAAGCCGAGGAGUGGGCUUCCCAGCUUCAAUGCUGGAGCCUUCAUCUUCUCAACUGCUUUGCAGUGAAAGAAAGGUGUUUAGAUCUCAUCUGCACUACAAAAUUCUUGAGGGAUUUGAGUGGAAUGUGGGGUGGGUUAGUGAACCACACUUCUCCUGGGGGUGUUGGGCUGAUCAGAGUGCUUUGCUACAACAAAUAUGGCAGAAAAUCCAUAUCUGAAUCCCCAGAAACACUCAAGAGCCUCUGCAACCUCUCAAGAUCUUCAGAUGACUGGCAAUACAUGGGAAUUGAUUGUCUUCUUCUCCUCCUAUCCGAUAUGGAUACUAGGUACAAAGUACUAGAAACCUCAGCUUUGUGUCUUGUGGAUUUGGUUGAGCUUAGAAGCCUCGGGGGAAGACUAAACGUCGGCGAAACAAUCUCAAGAGUACUCUUGAGAGAUUUCAAGAAGAGAUCAAGAAAAGUUGAAAUCAAGAUUAUUAAUGCAGAAGGUGAAAGGGCAUUGGAGGAAGUGUGGGGUUUAAAGGUGGAGAGGAGGAAGAGAGAGCAAUCCAUGUGUGAAGAAAAGCUUGAGGAGAAAAGGGUUAUGGUUAGUCUAAUGAAGCAACAAGGACACCAUAGUUUCAACCUGGGGAAAUUUGCAGAAGCCAAGAUCACAUACACAGAAGCCUUGGAGUUUUGCCCAUUGAAAUACAGAAAAGAAAGGGCUGUGCUUUACAGCAAUAGAGCACAGUGCAGGUUGGUGGUGGGGGAGAUUGAUGGAGCCAUUAGCGACACGACUCGGGCACUUUGCCUCUCAAACUCUCAUGCCAAGAGCCUGUGGAGAAGAUCACAGGCUUAUGACAUGAAAGGGCUGGCUAAGCAGAGCUUGAUGGAUUGCAUCAUGUUCAUCAGCACCACCUGUUUCAGGUCUGAAUCUGCUGGAGCCAAGAAGGGUGUGAAGAUCAUCCCUUAUUAUGCAGUCAGGAUGAUCACCAAGCAGAUGGACUCCACCUGGCUCUUCUCCAACUGCAAUGGAACACAAAAACACAACACCAUUGGUGAUGAUGACAACAAUAAAAGCAAAAGCAAAACCAGAAAUUGCAGACAGAAAGGCAGGAAUGCCCACUAUCUUGAAGAAAGGUGUGAUGGGUGAAACAAUGUGAGUCCAGGCAGAUAUGCAGCUAGCACUAAGCAGUAAGCAUAAAAUGUUGAUAUAGUGGCAUUGCCACAGAAUAUUUGUACCAUUUUUAUAUGCAGUCAACAUGGUGAUUUGCCUGAAUCCUAGCUUUGUACUAUAUAUUAAUUUGUUUCUUUUUUGUCUGGUAACAUAUGAUGGUACAAAUUAAACUGCGAUCAUCAGAUCACCAUUAUUCUGCAGCUUGGAUGUGGGG